CCAGCUUCAGACACUUCUAUUCACGCUGCCGAUUCAGAGUCACGUGACGAGAGAAUGACACGUGACCCAGUGACGUCAGGAGGUCCGUUUCCUGCAUGGAGUUUAGCUGCUAUUAUCCCAUACAAGAAUGAAACACCUCACCUCUCUCGCAGUCUGCCCUCACCUCUGGCGCGCAAUACCAUGCCAUCUCUCUGAACUUCGCCUGGAUUUUGUCCUACCAGGUGGUCAGUCUUUUCGGUGGAGAGAAAGCAGUCCUGGAUACUGGACAGGUGUAUUACAUGGACGAGUGUGGACUGUGACUCAAAAAGAUGGCCAGCUGUGGUACACGGUGUAUCCCAGCCCAGGGUCAACAGAAUGUGAAUCGGAAAAGAAGACUCAGAAAAGGCCUGCAAAACGAAAGCUGCCCCAUACUGUCCCUGAACCAGUAAAACAGGAUAAAGACCUAAUAAAGCAAGAAAAAGAGGAGAUAUGUGCAGAUAAUGACUCGCUAACUACUGACUGCAAGAAAGACAGCGACAUUUUACAGGAUUACUUCCAGUUGCACGUCAGUCUCGGUGAACUCUACAAUCGGUGGAGAGAGUGUGACAAGAACUUUCUGAAAGUAGCUAAGGAAUUCCCAGGAAUUCGGGUUUUGCGGCAAGAUCCUGUAGAAUGCCUUUUCUCUUUCAUCUGUACCUCCAACAACCACAUCUCUCGCAUCACUGGAAUGAUUGAGCGCCUGUGCAGUGGUCUGGGGAGAAGACUAUGCCAGCUUGACUUGGUGGAGUACUAUUCCUUUCCCACGCUCCAGGCACUGGCAGCUGAAGACACUGAGGCCAAAUUGCGAGAUUUGGGUUUUGGUUACAGAGCAAAGUUUGUCAGCGAGAGUGCCCGAGCAAUUUUGCAGAAGCAUGGUCCUGAUUGGUUGGAGACUCUUCGACUGGCUUCCUAUGAGGAAGCAAAGUCUGCACUAUGUUCCCUGCCAGGGGUAGGAGCCAAAGUUGCAGAUUGUGUUUGCCUGAUGGCUCUUGAUAAACCAGAGGCUGUACCCGUGGACACUCAUGUCUGGCAGAUUGCAAAAAGAGACUAUUUACCUCAGCUUGGUCAGGGCAACAAGACCAUCACAGAGCGGGUCUACCGGGACAUUGGGGAUUAUUUCCGCAGUCUCUGGGGUCCAUAUGCUGGAUGGGCCCAAGGACCUAAUGGUGGAAAAUCCCCCUAUAGAGCCAAGGUGAAUCUGCUUUAUGUAUGUUUUAAAUAGUCGCUCCCAAUGAUUAAAAUUUAAAUAGAAACUUGCGUUUUCACACUUGAAAUGGGCUGGAUUUCCAUGUUCAGAUUUUGUUAUAGUGCAUUUAAAAAAAAAACUAAAACCAAGAAUGAAUCGUAAACCAAGAAUAUGUGUAAAGGAAACAUUGACCGGUGGAAUGCAUCAAACUGGUACGCAUUGAAGUUUCAGAUGUUGACGCAAGUCCUGUUUCGCACCAAAACUUAUGACUUGUGGUUUUAUACUACUUUUGAAAAGUGGGUGGGGAAAUGGGUGUGGUUAGGUAUGUUGAUUCUUUUAUUUUUUUUGUUUAAUCCAUUCCUGGAUUUUGGCCUCAAAAACUGCAUUAAAAAUCCUUAAUGUGGAAACCUAGCCAUAAGGUUUGCGUAGCAUAUUCUAUUCUUAGUUGUUUUUUUUUUCUUUUUAU